AUGGCUCAACCCAGGUACGACGAACCGGGUAUACACCAACAGCAACAGCAGCAACAGUACAUGGAUGCGGUAGUCGGUGCGGCCGCCGCGGCCGCAGCCGGUAACGGCGUAGUGCCACCCGGCGUAGUGCCUGGCGGCGGAGUGCCUGGUGGACUUGGGCUCGCCGGCACCGGCGGCAUGUACGACCAACACCAACAGCAACAGCAUCUCGCCCAUCGGGGCCUCCAAAACAUGGCCGCAGCGGCAGCAGCGGCUGCCGCGGCCGCAGCCGCACAGCACCACCACCACCAUCAGCAACAGCAAGCUGCGCACCUCCAGCAACAGCAGCAGCAACAACAGCAGCAACAGCAACACCCUGUGUCGGCCAUGUUCCAUUCGGCGGCCGCGGCCGCAGCGGCCGCCACACCGCCGAACCAUGUGUCGCCGGCCGCCGGCGGUGGUACGCCCGCCAAUAAUCACACAUCCGGUGGUGCGUCCGUGGUGGUGCCCGAAGCACAGAAACGCGACAAGGAUUCGAUUUACGGGCACCCGCUGUUCCCGCUCCUGGCAUUAAUAUUUGAAAAAUGCGAACUUGCCACGUGCACGCCCCGGGAUCCAGGCGUAGCGGGCGGUGACGUGUGCUCGUCUGAGUCCUUCAACGAAGACAUCGCCGUGUUUUCCAAACAGAUACGUCAAGAGAAACCGUUCUAUAUGGCUGAUGCUGAAGUUGACUCAUUGAUGGUGCAAGCAAUUCAGGUGUUACGGUUUCAUCUAUUGGAGUUAGAAAAAGUUCAUGAACUGUGUGACAACUUUUGUCAUCGUUACAUCAGUUGUUUGAAGGGAAAAAUGCCUAUUGAUCUCGUAAUCGACGAACGGGAUUCGUCGUCGUCAGCGUCCGCAGCAGCAGCUGGUGGAGGUGGUGGAAAGUCCAUGUCCGAACUUGGAGGCUUAGGCGGUCUAGGAGGCGCUACGAACGGCAACAACGACGGCCGUAGUAACGCAGAUUCAACAUCACACACAGACGGGGCGAGUACGCCAGACGUGAGACCACCUUCGUCUUCAUUAUCGUACGGUGGACACGGGAACGAUGACCGAUCUCCCGGUUCGGGAGGCACGCCUGGGCCGAUGUCACAGCAACCGGGCUCUCAGCAGAGUCUAGACCACGGCGAUCCUGAAUUGGGUAAGUGUACAAGUAAAGUCGGCAAACUCUUUUACAGUGAUAAUGCAUUCCGCGGUAAAUGGUGUCAAAGGCGAGAUUGGCCUCCACCACUAGACGCCCGAGCGGCAUCAGCUGCGGAAGCGGCGAAACGCGGUCUUCUGUAUCAAUCUGUGUUCCUCGGCGGAAGCCCAAAUGAUUACAACUCGUGUGAUGCGAGUAAUGCCAGUGUCGGCAGUGGCGAUGGUACGGGAGAGGAUGACGAUGAUCCCAGCGGUGGCAAAAAGAACCAAAAGAAAAGAGGUAUAUUCCCAAAAGUGGCCACAAAUAUACUCCGAGCGUGGUUAUUUCAGCAUCUAACGCAUCCUUACCCAUCGGAGGAUCAGAAAAAACAACUUGCUCAAGACACCGGUCUGACUAUACUUCAAGUCAACAAUUGGUUUAUAAACGCUCGACGGAGAAUAGUCCAACCUAUGAUCGAUCAGUCUAACCGUGCCGUAUUCUCACCGCACGCCGGCCCCAGCGGAGCGUACAGCCCCGAGGCAGCCGGUCUCGGAUACAUGAUGGACGGACAGUCUCAGAUGCUCGCAGCGGCAGGUCACAGACCCCCGGGCGACCCGGCCUAUCACAACGAAUAUCAUCAUUACCCGGCCCAAUACUACGGUCAUUUGUAG